GUUGAGUCAGUCCCUUACAAAAAGCUAUUGUUUUCGGUCGUUUUUAUUAUAUAAUUCUCCGCGCCACCAAAUUAAAAUACAGAAUAUCAAUCUAACAGCAACAACAGCAAACAAACAAACCGAAACAAAAAACCAACAACUAACAUAAACUAAUUGUGUGACAGACAUCGAAAGUGUUUAUUAAAAAGGAAAAAAAAGUAUUUAAAAAAGUAAAAAAAAAAAAAAAAGUUGACAGUGUAAGUGUGCGUGAUUUGAUGUGAAUUUUUCAUAAAAUUGUUGCCCCUCUCGCAGAAAAGAACCACGGCAGGAAUGUCUUGGCAUUACAAUUCAAGAUUUAAUAAAUAAUCAUCACGUUUUUUUUUUGUUAAAACAAACAAACCGAAUACGACUCGACUCCAAACGGUUCACAUUUCUGUUUGGAACAAAAUCGAUUGCACGGCUGUUUAACCAAAAAAGAGAAACAGCAAGAAAAAUUCACCGAGAAAGAUAGAGGGCAUACAAGUUUUCACCGGAGAUAUAUAAAUACAUAAAAACGCGUUAUACAUCCAACUUUCGUCUGCGAAAAAUCAAAACAAAUCGAUAAUAUAUUAUAACCUGAGAAACCGAAUCGGAUCAUCUUUCCAGCCAUUUUGUUGUUGUUUUUCUUCAAUUGUUGUUGUUGUUUCGUUUCGACGGUAAAACUGGGAGACAAAAACAUCGAUCCGACAUUCGGACCGCAAUUGAUACAUUUUCGUUGUUCCAUUGGGCAAAAGUAUGACGGCAAAAUUGGAAUCGAUAAAUGGCCCACGGAAUGGUCAUGAAAUGGCACCGCUAAAUACACGUGCACGUGGCGAUGGUACACACGGUGUUACAAUCGUUUUAUCAGCAUCACAACGGAAUUCAAUUGCGUCAAAUAAUGGUUCGGCAUGCGGACGAAAUGGUGGCGGUGGUGACGAUGAUCGGGCUGCAUGGUCUGGAAAAAUGCAAUUUUUCCUCAGUAUCAUUGGUUAUUCGGUUGGCCUAGGGAAUAUUUGGCGAUUUCCGUACCUGUGUCAACAAAACGGCGGCGGUGCGUUUCUCAUACCAUUUUUCGUGAUGUUAAUAUUGGAGGGAAUACCAUUGUUCUUGAUUGAAUUGGGCAUCGGUCAGCGAAUGCGAUUAGGUUCGUUGGGCGUAUGGAAUACAAUACAUCCGUGGCUGGGUGGCAUCGGGAUAUCGUCCUGCAUCGUAACAUUGUUUGUAACACUUUACUAUAAUGUUGUGAUUACAUGGUGCUUUUUCUACUUGCUCAAUAGUUUUCGGAUUGAAUUGCCGUGGGCCCAAUGCCCGAACAACUCAAUAACACAUACCGUUGAACCGGAAUGUAAAUCGCCCACGACAUACUUCUGGUAUCACACAACGCUUGACGCAUCACCGUCAAUGGACGAGAGUGGCGGACUCAAAUGGUGGAUUGUUCUGUGUUUGUUUGCCGCCUGGGCAAUCGUCUUUCUCAUUGUCAUGAAAGGCAUCCAAAGUUCGGGCAAUAUUGUGUGGUUUACAUCAUUGUUUCCAUAUAUUGUGUUGACCAUUUUCUUUAUACGUGGCGUAACAUUGAAAGGUGCCGGUGCUGGAUUAGUGCACAUGUAUACGCCCAAACUGGAAAAAUUGGCAAGUCCAAUGGUUUGGCUGGAUGCGGCAACCCAAGUAUUUUAUUCAUUUGGUUUGGCAUUUGGUUCGUUGAUUGCGUUCGGAAGCUAUAAUACACCGAAAAAUCACUGUGUUCGUGACGUUUUAUUGGUUUCCUUUUGUAAUGCAUUUACUGCCAUUUAUGCGAGCGUUGUCAUAUUUUCGAUAUUAGGAUUUAAGGCCACUAUCGAUUCAGAACGGUGUAUGGACAAAAAUCGAUUAGCAUUAUUCGAGCAUCAUUUCAUAAAUGAAAAAAAUGUGAGCGACACGAUUUACAAUCAACAAUUGGAUUUGGUAUUGUCGCAAAAUGCGAGCAAAGCGUAUUUAUGGGGAAUAUCGCCAAAUUGCAGUUUAAAGCAUCAACUAAGUGAAGCAGCCGAAGGUACUGGAUUGGCGUUUAUCGUAUUCACACAGGCCAUCGUAUCGUUGCCGGGCGCACCAUUCUGGGCUGUGCUAUUCUUCACAAUGUUACUGUCAUUGGGUCUUGGCUCCCAAAUUGGUCUUCUCGAGGGAAUGCUUUGCACAUUAUUCGAUAUCGACAUAUUCAAACGUUUGCGCAAACAAUACGUAACCGCUACGGUUUGCCUGUUUUGCUUCAUCGUCGGUCUAAUAUUCUGUACUGGUGCUGGUGAAUAUUGGUUGAAAAUGUUUGAUUCGUUUGCUGGUACAAUCGGCUUAGUAGUAAUUGCACUCAUGGAAAUGAUCGCUGUGAUUUACAUUUAUGGACACGAAAAGUUUACCGAAGAUAUUUACCAAAUGACUGGCUAUCGUCCGGGUCGCUAUUGGCAAUAUACAUGGCGAUACAUUGGGCCAGUCAUCAUGGGUGUUAUACUUAUAUCGUCAAUUUGGUGCUUAGCAGUUAACAACCCCACAUACAGUGCAUACAAAGCAGAAGAAUCGGCCACUGUAUCGACCGAAUACCCGGGAUGGGUCAUGGCCAUUGGCCUCUCGAUGAUUGUAGCUGGAGUGCUGCCAAUGCCAAUUGUUUACUUGCUGCGACGCUUCCAAAUACUAAAAGUCGACUUGGACAUACACCAAGGCUCGAUCCGAAGGAACGAAACGACCGCAUCAACAAAACAAAUGAUGGACGAUGACGACGUGAUUAGUCCUGACUUACCGCCAACUGAUUCACUAGCGGCAACACGGUUUACCAUCGGGGACUUCGAUGAUGACGAAUUCAAUGGUCGAGUGUCGACUCGCAGUGACUCAGACGAUGAUGAUGAUGAUUUGCCGCCCAUGAUUGGCAAAUUGAACAUGAUACGCAAUCACUCGCCCUUGAAAGCUACCAAAAACUUGUACUAAACAUACAAGCCGAAAUUAUACCAUGGACAUUUUCCAGCACUUUCAUUGCACAUUUGCAACAGGCACCAACCCAUUCAAAAAGAAAAUUAAUACCACAAAUUGAAGACAGAAUUCAAAAUAACUCAGCAUUUAGCCGUAUGUGAUGGGCACGAUGGAAAGAGAAAAAUAAAACCUAGUGGAAAAACAUUUGCCAAUCGGAAAUUUCCAGCGAAUGGAUGAUGACUGCUUAACAAAAUCCAACGCCUUUUUAACCAAUUUUUUUUUUCAACAAAUUGACUAUCUUCAAAAUUUAUUAUUGUUUAUUGCUGAAUUUAUGCGGCCGCUUAACACAAUCAAUUGCCAUUAUGCCCCCAAAUGCCGUUCAAUUGCGUCCUGCAAUACUCAAUCACCAGCAGUAUUUCAUCAUUUUAUGCACCAAACAAUGAGUGUUAUUAUUCUGUGUGUAAAGUUCAUCCAUUUGAAAGAAAGAAAAAAAAAUUAAUUAAGAGUUUAGUUAAAAACGAAUUCAACAGAGAAAUUAACCAAAAACAAAUAUUAAAAUUAUACAAAAAUACACAAGCUCACAUUGACAAGGAAUAACAAACAGAACAAAAAAAUUCAGAAUAUUAUGAAUUCAAAUAAAAAAAAAAUUAUAUGAAUAACUUUAAUUAAAUGAUAACAACAUGUGAGAGAGAAUAUCUAGAAUUUAAAUUUAAUUCAUAAGUUAGAUUAGUGAAUGUUAUUUGUGACAAAAAAAAAAACAACAACAACAACAACACAUAAUGAGAGCAAAAACCAAAUGUUAUUAAUUUCCAUGUUGAUGGAUUGUAUUCAUCGUUUAAUUAGGAUGAAGAAAAAAAAAUAAGAAACGGCCAAUCGAAACAUCUAACAGAAACUGCGAGUUUUCUUAUUUUGGCUUAAUGUUGCAAAUAUUGAGCUAGUUUUGUUUUCAUUUGAUCCGAUACACUAUCAAUUUCGAAGAAUGUUCACAUAAUUUAACAUCAAUCACUGGCUGGAACAUUCGCAAAAAAUUGAACCAACCAAUUGUUUCCCUUUUUCGUUUCUCAAUUCGAAAGCACACAUCCUUUAUUUUUGGUUAAAUAAUUCAGUUGAAUUAAAAAUCCUAUUUUAUUAGCGUUGAAAUUGAACAAAAAAAAUUGGAAAUUAAAUCCAAAAUUCAAAAGAAACAUCAAUUCAAAUUCAACAAAACCAACCAAAUCCCAAAGCCAACACACCAUUUCAUUUUACAUUAGUUCAAUGUUUAGAUUCACAAAACCGGAACCGUAGAACUGUGUGAACGAGUGUGCAUUUCAAUGUUAGCCAACAAAUAAAUGAUAAUGACUAUUGAAUUGAUUAUUUUAAGCAAACAAAGAAAAGUAUUAUUUUAGGCGAUAAGUGAUGAGAUUUAGACAAACCAAGAUUUUAGUGCCAGAAACAAAACAAACUAACAAAAACAAAUCUAUUAAGAUGAAUAACGACAAAUUAAGUUAAACAACACUAACGAAUUGAUUGUAUAAAAAAAAAUGAUACAAAUUUGGAGAAUAUUUUAAAUCCGAAUCCGGUCAUUUUGUGACAACAUCAACAAAACAUAUAAAAACAAUAGUUGUCUACAUUUUAUGUAGUGCUGACAAAAAAAAAAGAAAAAACAAGCGAACAUUUAUUGAUCAAUCAACCCAUAUACAAAAACAUGGAAGAAAAAAAUAGCACAUUAAAUUAGACCGAUCGAUAGCGUAUAUUACGAUUGUUGUACAUUUGGAUUUAAAUACCAAAAAAAAAAAACCUAUGCAACUGAACUUCGAUGUUCACAGAAUGUGGUAAAAAAAAUAUGAACAAUUUAAGUAAAUCGUUUAAUUUAGAUGAAAUGCGCAAGCAAACAAAAAAUUAUUCAAGACUAGACAGAAAAACUGCUAAGCAUCUCCACAAAUUGCUGAUGUGUUGUGUGCGUGAAAUUCAGACGAUUCAGACGAUAUAAUGGUAUUCAAGUGAAUUCAAUCACAGUUUUAAACUCAAUUCAAUCGUAGUUUCUACCCACUGAUUUUACCUUCACUCUCGUGCCCAGCAGUCCAAUUUCAACAAUUACAGCAGCAGUCAGCAAUGAGAUGCCGAUGCUCAAGUAGCAAGCAGCAAGCAGCGGUGCCAUUUAAUAUUUUGUAUUAGUGUUAUUUGUUCAAUGAAAUAAAAAAAUUAAUUUUAAGCACAGGACAGCACAGGAUAUUUAAAAAAAAAAUCAAAUUCAUCCACCAGACAAAAGAAAAACCAUCACGCGAACAAUUUGCAAUUGUAGACCACAUAUAUUGGCAUUUCGAUUUAAAUAGAAAUCCAACAAUAGCAUGGACUGAACAUUAAUUAACCGAAAUCGAUUUUAACACUUCUCUUCACAUUUCUCGUGUUUUUUUUUUUCAACAGUUCAAUUAAUAACUUCAAGCAAUCAAUCGUAUACAUUCGCACUCAAACGUCAGACUCCUUUCGUUUGGGGCCAAACAUUGAAUAUUCUUAUUUUGAUUACAUGACAACACAAAAACAAGUAUAUAAUGUAUAUUUAAACAGAGAGUUAAUAGCCAUUUGAAAUGAGCCACAUUUAGAAAAAAUAUUGCCACAUCACCGCCAAUAUGUAAACGCGUUUCGUGCGAGAAUUUUACAUUUUUGUUUAAUAUAUUAUUAUCAUUCAUGCACUGUGAAUUUUCCGUUCAAACUCACCGAAAAAUCAACUAUGACGUUUUUACCGCACAAAGUUAAUGUAGAUGGUCGAGAGAGAGAGAGAGAGAAAACAUAUCCAUUUUGAUUUUCCCCGUGGUCAUAAACGAUACACGUCAAUAACUUUUUUCAUUGUUAUGGCGUUAUUUCGUGUUUUGACUAGAAACAGAUUAGGAUAAAUAUCUUGUGUCUUUCUCGUGAAUUAAACUGCUGAAUAUUGACUUUGUGGGGGCAAAUGUCAUCUUCGAUUUUUCCAUGGGAAAAUAGAUCACAACAGACAAAACAAUCACAAAGUGUUAUAAGAAUUUCGCCAAUUUAUUUAAACACUUAUUCCCAAUUCGAUUGUACAAAACAGCGUCAGCAGCAGCAGUUCAUUCCAAAACCGAUGAAUUUGAGACACACAUAUGAGAAAUAAAUAAAGCAACCAAUUCACUAAUUACUUAAUUAUUAAAUAUUAUUGAAAAUGAUGUGAUGCUAAUAUAAUGUAAUAGUAAUGAGCGGUGCCCACUGAAUACUAGUUCUAUUGGUGACAACAAAAACCACAACAACAAAUUUAGUAUGAAAUGCUGAAUAAUUAUCUAUUUAUGGUAAAUAUAACCGAGAAAAAAAGAGAUUUAAACAAAUACACAAGUUUAUGAUUACAGACUUAAAAAAGAGAGCAUUGUUCGUGUAACGAAUUUAAAAAGUGAUGGAAAAAACAUCAUUUUUGUAUAAAGAUUUUUGUCGAUUAAUUUGUUUGACGUUUUUUUUAAAUCAGUCUCUCCAUUUAAGAGUGGAAUUCUUUUUUUUUUUUUUCAUUAAUUUGUUUUUAUUCCUUUCUUUUUCUUUUUAAUUUUGAAUUUUUCUAUUGCAACUGGGUUUUUUCGUCUCAUUAAUUCAUUCAUAAUUUUUUUUCGUCAAAUUAAUUUUUAUUGUCAUUUGCUUUAUUUCGUAGGCACAACCUCAACUGAAAUAAACGGAGAGAUAAAGUGUAAAUAUUCAUAAUAAUAAUUUAAAAUGAACAAUUAAUUUUGUGUUUUCAAUGGUUCAAAUCCAACAUCAUCCGAGCAACAACCAACAAUUUUGAAUUCUUUAACGAAAAGAAAACUGAAACGAACAAAGACUAGAAUUAAGGAAAAUUGCAAAAAAAAAAAAAUACCACACUAUUUUCGGAAAUAAUGAACAAAAACAACACGAUUCAGAGUGAAUAGAUAGAAAGAAAGCGAAAAAAAAUGAGUAUGGAACAGAAAUCGAAUCGUUGGAAUUUAAGCUUUAACAUUGUUUUCAUGUGCGUAUGUUCGGUUUAUAUUUUUGACGCGAGUUCCGGAAAUGAAAUGCACAAUUAAUGCCUUUUUCUUCAAAAAAAAAAAAAUUACAUUUCUCAGAAUAAUUGUUAUCAAUUUUUUUUAUUGGCACUAUUUCAUUAUCAAUUUUCUACGUUUUUUUUUAUCGUGAUUACAAUUUUUCUUCUUUUUUUCUUUAUUCAUCUUUGAUUUAAUCAAAGUUCUCAAAAGAAAUAAUCCGUUGGAGAAUAAUUUGUUUAUUUUAUUUCUUUUAAAUUUCGGUCCGUUCUCUUUGAUUUAGUGCAUUUUAUGGUUGAUGUUAAAUGAUAUAGGGUAAUUAAGGUAACGAAUGUAUGAAUGCAUGCGAAUCAAUUGAGAAUCAAAUGAUGAAUAGAAUCGUAGAUUGCGAUUAGAAUGUUGCGAUAUGCAAGAAAACAGAGACUGUGUAAGUAAAUGGCCGUACGAAAUUGUAUUUUUAUACGACCGUAUAAAACCAGGUGUUUUUAAGUGAAUAUUUGUGAAAUUUUACAGACACACAAACAAUAACCAAUAACGAAAUUCAUUUUCAUUUCGAUUGCGCAUUUUCCCUCGUUUCAUGUGAAAACGAAGAGAUAAUAGCAAGAAAUUCAUAUUCUGUUUGACCCGCAAUUAAAAAAAAAAACAAUUGGAAACCAUUGAUUUUAGUUCAAAAGAUUAUGAUAUUUCAGACUCGUCACCCGAUUUGUGGUUGACGUAAAAUUAAAUAAAACAAUGUAUUCGAAAUGUUUUGAGAGAGACUCUCUCAGAGAGUGUAGUAAUUCCUCGGGAAAAAAAAACUAGAUCGAAUUGAGAGAGAGAGAGAGAGAGAGAGUCAAUGAAUUUUCUCGUUGGACAAAUUCAAAAACUAGAUUGUUGCUUAUUGCUCCUGAACAACCAAAUAUAAUUAAUAUGAAUAAAGAAAGAACAAAAAAAAUACUCGACAUGCUCCAAUCGAUUGAAAUAUGAUUUUAAUUUUACAAUUGCCAACCAGAACUGCUGUAGGACAUUAUUUUUAUGAGAUAAAAACAAAAAUGAAACAAACAUGUGAAUUAAAGAGAAUAAAUACAAUAACAAAAAAAAAAUUUAACAAACAAAAAUUAAACAACACUCAAUGUUAAGGGCUAGAAUGUAAUGAGCAGACAAUUAAGAAAUUCUUAAGAAAUUGUGUAGUUCAUCAACAUCCUAUUUUGUAUUAAAUAAUUUUUGUUUGAAAGAGAACCACAAACACA